CGCAGCGAUGAAAUCUGCUUUAAGCGCCUCGUAAUACGCGAGUACACAGCAAACGCUGCAUUCCGCUGGCGAUAUAACGUCUUACGAUAGCGGAGGAGUGUAUCACCAAGUCUGAACCGAUUUGACGCACCACGCGCAACGAUACACAGCGUUGCAGUAGCUCACUGGCCAUUCACACGAGCUGUACGCGCCAGACGCCGUCGACGCGUCGCCACAGCAGCCAUGGCGACCUUUGGCGACGUCAAAAUCAAGUUAGAAGAGCAGCCGGAGAGCGAGGGCGACACCGAGGACACCGAGGACGACGACGACGGCAUGAUCAAGGGUAGAUGUUAUGUGCCUCCCGGUUGUCCGAACAAAGAACAAAAUAACUUUGGAGAUGAGUUCGAGAGCCACUUCGUCGUGCCGCACCGGCUCGGGAACCAGCCGGGGGAAUUGGUGGAAGCUGUCAACGACUUUCAUUAUGCGAUGAUCAACGAUCGGCCGAGGAACGAGUUCUAUCGCGAGUGUUUAAGGAGGGCGAUCGUGCCCGGUCAAUCUAUAGUGCUGGAGAUCGGCACGGGUAGCGGGUUACUGGCCAUGCUCGCGGCUCGGUUGGGCGCCAAAAGAGUCGUCGCCAUCGAGGCGUCGCCGCACAUGGCCGCGCUCGCGCGUAGGAACAUCAAUGCUAACAAUCUAGACGGCACGAUCACGAUCCUCGAGGCCUUGUCGACGGAACUCGACGCCGACGACAUCCGCAAGGCCCUGGGCGUCAGCACGCGCCGCGAGGUGUCCAUCUCGGCGCAGACGUCUUCUGAUUCGAAACCGUUCACGUCCGACCUGCCGGACGUCCUCGUCUCGGAGCUGUUCGGCACGCUGCUGCUGGGCGAAUCCGCUCUGGAAUACUUGAAAGACGCGCGGGAACGGCUCGUGCGGCCCCAAUGCCGCAUCGUGCCGCCGCGAGGAAGACAACUGGCAGCUCUGGUCGAGUGCCCGGCCAUCGCGGAGCUGUCGCGGGCGAACGAUUUUGAAGGGCUGGACCUCGGCCACGUGAACGUCCUCCAGGACACGGCGUCCUUGGUCUUCGCGAAGCAGUACGGGUUCCGUUUUGGGGAUGUGCCUUCGCGGUUCCUCGCGCCGACGAUCGAGGUUUUGUCUUGUGAUUUCGCGCGGGACGCGCCGGGCGACUGGAAGGCCGAGAUGGAGCACCUGGUCACGUGUUCCGAGGCCGGUACGGCCCACUGCGUCGUGCUCUUCUGGGAGGCUAGUCAGGGCGGCCCCGGGACGCCAUCAUGGGAGGGUGCCGACACGCUCAUGAUGUCCACAGACCCGCGGGCGACGCGAUCUAAUUUCGCUCGAGAUAUGCAGUGGGGCCAAGGAAUUCAAUUGCUGGAGGAUUUGGACGCCGAGGCUUUGGAUGCCGUGCGGAACCCGGGCGGUAUAUCUACUCGACCACCAACACCUCUAGUGGUUAAGGCGGGCGAGCAGUUGCGGGCGGCCGUGCGGCUGUCGUCGGAUAGCGUCGUGCUGCAGUUCGGCGUGCGGCGGGCUGCUGGCGCGUGAUAUACAAAGUACUAACCUGUCGAUCGUGUAUGCAAU